GUGCGCGUAUUGCCGUCAAGCGUACGGCGUCUACGCGGCAGCAUUUGCUCGCUAGUUUCGUAAAUCAUCAUGGAUAUGCGAAUUGUUGCAGCUCUAUGCGUCUCUUUAGUUGGUACUGUUAGCACCACGCCAGGAGGAGAUGGUCGGACCAUACAUCAUGGCACACUAGAACAGCUUCAUUAUGCACUAUCGACCCGUGACAGAGUGUGGGUAUACAAAAGCACCAACAGAAAUGAGAGUCGUGAAUGUGAAUAUAUGCAGGUUGUAGCUAAAAAUGAAACGGAAUACGUGCUCGAUUGGUUUUACAAAGUUCCAACAGGGCUGGUACAGAGGCGCUUAAACGCAACUGUUUCCUGGGAAAAUGGUACCGCUAAAAGUGCUGAUGGUCCUAAGAUAACAGCUUAUAGCAAGAAAGGUAGUGCCACAGAUUACCUUCUGGUUGUUUGGGAUAAUGAUCUCAAUUGUGGUGUUUUUUCCUACGGUCCCGCGGGUACAGAGAAAACUACGGCAGACGUAUGCGAAAUGUGUAUUUAUGAUAACAGAGUCAAAACUGGUAAUAUCUCCAAAUGUGAAGAAUACUUCAGUACAUAUUGCAACCAUUUUCCAAAUCAUGAGAAUCCAAAUAUUGUCUACCGACCUGAGUGCCAGUUCGAGGAAGGAUGCUGAAUAACAUGUCGAUGGCCAUAGUUGCAUAAGGACAUGUGAAUUUUUCAUGUGUACUUAAGACACGACCCUUUUUUUUCAAAUUUUCUAUUGUUAGUGUGUUUUCUAACGCGAUACCUUUUUUGGACAUGUUGGCUAAGUGCUUCAGGCAAUAUGUUCUUCCCUUUGCAGAAAAAAUCGUAGGUUUGCUGCCGAUGCUGAUGCUUAUAUACGUGGGAAAUAAAUAUCAAUGACUGUCGAAAUAACUUGGUUUUUUAUUCGGUCUGGAUUCAAGCCGUCGAAUUGAUUCCGCAGCUUUAUCAAAUAUUGUGAUCCAGAACUUGCGCCGCAGCAAGACCAACACCAACCCUCUAUUUUUUGGUUGUGCCGGGACCCUUAUUGAGAGCAAACAGAAAGGAAUCAUAAGGUUGUGAGUUUGGAAGCUCAACGGUUCAAGAUGUAAUGGGGAGAGU